AUUGCGCAACCACAUGCUUCAUUCAUCAUGGUGGAUUUCAAGCCCAAGGCAAUACGGGAAAGUCAACUUGAGAGAAGACAGGUUGAACUAGCUGUCCCUGCUCUUGUGAAGUUCGCGAGUCAGAAACGAGGCAAACAGCUGCGGCUUUUGAAUGAACACGAAACAAUUUUGUUGAUCUUAGCUUUAAAGAAGAUUCCAAACCCUGACAAGAAACCAAGAAGAAUCCCUUUACCAUACUCUUUGCAUUCAGAGAAUGUAGAGGUUUGUUUGUUUACCAAAGAAGAUAGUUCAAAAGUCAAGCAACUACUGAAAUCAAAAGAUGUUACAGUCAAAAAGGUAAUCUCUCUGACCAAGCUUCGUAAGAAUUACCAGUCAUUUGAAGCAAAAAGACAGCUCUGCUCAUUGUAUGAUGUGUUCAUUUGCGAUGAUGCCAUCUACCAUCUGUUGCCCAAGUUACUAGGAAAAGUUUUCUUCUCAAGGAAAAAAUUUCCCAUCCCAGUUAGUUUAAAGAAAGUAAACUUGAAGAAGGAAAUUGAUAAGGUUCUUAACUGUUCUUUCAUGACACUGGGGCAUGGAUCAUGCAGUGCAAUUAAGGUGAGCCAUACUGGACAAUCAAUUGAACAAGCUGUAGAGAAUGUUGUCAGUGCUGUCAGCGAAAUCACCAAGAUUGUCCCAAGAGGAUGGAAUAACAUUCAAUCCCUAAACCUCAAAACAUCAGAUUCAAUAGCUCUUCCACUCUAUACAUCACUACCUGAAAAAUCUCACAUCAUAGAGGACUCACAGCCACCUGCUAAAAGAAGGAAAAAGGAGACAUGACCACUGCCAUUAUCUAGACUGCAUAAUGUAAAGAACCUCAUUUUGAGGUUCUUGAGAAACUAUUUCUUUGAGUGAAGAAGCAACAGAAAUUGGUGGUUUGGGAUAUAAGGAAGGAACAUAUGAGAUUUCAGUGUUAGUUAACCCUUUAACGACCUAGAUGUUUUUGUCACUUCUCCCCUCUAGCUGCUACACACUUCCUUGUAAAUUGGUGAUGAGAAUUUGGUGUUAGAUCAAGAUAACAACUUUACUUGAUGAGUUUAAGUAUUCUCAUUACCUGUUUGCUGGACGAUGUAUGAAUGUUAUGGGAAGAAGUUACAUGUUAAUCACUUGAGGGAGUUAAAGGUUUAAGUUUUUCUGGGCAUAAACCAAACUGCAUAGCUGGAAGAUUAGUGGCAUUUAACUCCCAAGAUCUGAUUGUUAAUUCUCCCCUCUAGCUGCUACACAAUUCCUUGUGGAUUGGUUUGGAGAAUUUGGUGUUGGAUGUAGAUAACAACUCUUACCUGUUAAGUUUAAGUUUCUCAUUACCAGUUGGCUGGAUUUUGUGUGGAUAUUAUCAGAAGUUACAUGUUAAUCACUUUUGAGGAAGGGAUUAAAAUGCAGGAUCAAAUGUGACUGGUGAAGCUGUGAGAUGAGAUCCAGCUGAAUUUCUCAAUUUUCUCAUUCCUGUUGUCUUUUCAACUUAUUAGCUCAAGAGAAAAAAAAAACCUUUCUUACCUCAUAGAUUAUGCAAGGUUUGCUUAAAUGUAAAUUGUAAUUUUGCCAACAAUCCUUUCACUCUCAGGAGUGAGCAAUAAGUAAUUUAUUCUUGCAAUAUCAUUUCAAUGUUCAGCAUGAAGGUGAUUCGAAGAAAAUGUUAACACGGAAUAAUUUUUUAUUUUGCUCUAAAUUCUUAAAGCUGAAGUUGUAAGAACUUGUGAUAGACAGUGCGGAGAAUUGAUAUGUAGAACAUAGUAACUUCGUCAAAGUCAGUAAGAUGUUGAGAAUUUGGGGUCUUAUCUAAGACACCUCACUGGUUUGGUCGUUAUCCAACAAACUAUGCAACUUUGUUCAGUUUGACUCUUUGAAGUCUCCCAUUCCUGUCAUUAAAUUGAAACAAAUCUAAUGUAAA